CAUCACAUCAACAAGAGCCUGCACACAUUGCUGUCCAAAGGUCAGGUGAGCACCGGCUGCUAUCGUUUCCUGACCAACAGCGGCGGCUUCGUCUGGGCUCAGACUCAGGCCACCGUCCUCUACAACAGCAAGACGUCUAAGCCCGAGGCCAUCGUCUGCCUCAACUUCAUCCUCAGUACCGUCGAGCAGCCAGACGUUGUUUUCUCCGUCGAGCAGAUCCGAUACCGCCCGCCGUCUGAAGCUGAAUCUCAUUCCACAGAAAUUAAAACAAAGGUCAACGGGACUGCUGACAUCUGUGACUCUGACGGUGAGCGUCUCUCUAGCUCCAAGGACGCAUGUUUGAGCCCCGGCAGCUCAGAUCAGGAGGAGCCCGAGGCACUUCUUCAGUUAGAGUCUGUGGCCAAAGACGUGAUCGUACCGCCGACAGGAGAUUUUGUUGAGCUCGCGUUCUGCACUCCGUCCAGUCCGGACUCUGUGCUGGAGCACCCUGAGGAUCUGUGCACCCCUCAGCUGAGACAGCUCCUGUCGUCCAUCUUCAACCCCCUCACUCCCCCUUCAUCAUCCUCAUCCUCCUCCUCAUCGUCCUCAGCAGCACCCUCACCUCAACCUGAGCCGAGCUCCCUGGAGGACGAGGUGAUGGACACCAGCCAGGUGGAGAAGUUUUUCGCUGUUUGUUCAGAAGACGGUCAGAAAAGAGAAGAAAUUCAGGAGGAGAUGGACCUGGACAUGUUGGCUCCUUACAUCUCAAUGGACGACGACUUCCAGCUGACCUUCCUCAGCAGCAGUUUGUCCGACGAAGCUGAGAAUCCUCCGACGUCGUCAUCAUCAUCGUCUGAGCCACGAGCUGUGACAACGCCUGAGGUGUCAACGGGGAGGAAACGAUUUCACGACCCGGACGAGGAGAUGCCGUCUGAGCUGAUGAUUCAGGGCAAAAGACAGAAAGAAGAAGUUCCCUCUUCUAUAGAAGAGGAACUCCUGCUCAGCCACAGGCUGCUGGACUCUCUGGAGGAAACGGACCAAUCAGAUCUGGCCCUGCUGAUGGGGUCAGGAGGGCGGAGUCACCUGCUCACAGACAGAGACCCUCUGUUAGGAGGCAUUCAGGGACUCUGUGAUACUGCAGCUCUGAUGUGGGACAUCUUCUCAACUCGCCCCCCCGACCUCUCGCCGCCUCUCUCACCCAUGACUUGACGGAGAGAAAGAAAGACGCAGCUGGACUUCUGAGAAGCCACAAAAGUUUGAACAGAUUGAUCUGGCUGCAGUCACAGUUACCAAAAUGCGCACACACAAGUCGUUUUCACACAUGCACAACUGACAUUUUCAGUACGGCCUUCCCCUCAGUUGUUAUUCCUGAUGUACUGGAGGGUGGGGGAGGGGCCUCAGGAGGCAGGAAGUGAUUAAAAAAAGGACACUGGGAUGAAAAAAACACAAACCUGUGAGCAGAAAAAGUAUGACGCAGCUUCAUUACGUUAUUGAUCACACUGGUUGUUUGAUGUAAACAUCUUAACCCCCCCUCCUGCUCACGGUGAAUUUCCUGAAUAUUACCCGCUGCGUUCACACAUCAGCUCGCCACAACGUGCACACGUGGAAAUUUAACUAUAGGGGGAGGGGCAGGAAAAAGUUGAAGUAAAGUCAGGGCUAAAAAAUGUGGCCAGAGGCGAUGACACUUCAGGAAACUUUCAGGAGUCUUCAGGAUUCUUUUUGAAAAUACAGCAACACAACGCGUCACAAUCACACACACACACGCGCGCUCAUCGUGGUCCGUGUGUGUGUGUGGAAACAGCAAAUGCCGUUAAAAUCUUGAAAUGUAUAAAUGAUGUAAACCAUCAUGGAUUGGAUGUCAGUCGAUCUGUACAUGUGUCACUUUGUGUACAACAGUUUUUUUGAUUUAAUCACAUUUUCACUGCUUCGCUGCGUCUGUCAAUUUGUGCAGGAAUUCCCAGAAUGCUUUGCUUUGUCUUUCAUUCAAAUCGAUGUUCCUGCCGUCUUGUUGUCUUUCAAAUAACACCAUCAAGCAAACCUGCAAAAAAAUCAGUGGCAACGUUUCUUUCAGUGGCAUCUUGUAAUCUUUUUUUUUUUUUUACAUGUCUGUCUAAUUAUUGAUUUUUAGCAGAAGAAGAACUUAGAGCUGUUCAGGGUGUAGAUUAUCAGAUCAAUCUAACCGAUUCUUAAAUCAGAGCGGUGUGAAUCAGUCGAUAUGAUAAUGGAGCUAAAUUUGUGCUUUCGACUCGACUUUGAUAUAUAACCUGAUGAACUUGUAUCACAUACAGUUAGCGUGCCUGUUUCACUGCAUUUCAAAUGUUAAGUCAACAGUUUUAUUGAUGUAUUUGUGAUUCUUUAGAGGGCUUUUGAACAGAUUGUGCCUCAACAUGUACCAGCUAAGAGCAGACGGUGUUCGGUGAAUUAUUGUGAUCCUGCUUCACUGCUUGACAUUGUUUUUGCGUCACUCAUUUUCUGUGUGUAAACCCUCAAACUAUCUGUCCUCGACUAACGAGAAACAAAGUUCUCUGUGCCUUUAUGAUCCAGGAAGAGACAUGUGAUGACAGUUUUCUGCGUCCUGUCCACUCGCAGGGUGUGAUCUGUAAACUGUCCGAGAUUUGAAAACGAUAGAAAGAGGUGAAAGGUGCUUGUUUUUACUUGUUUUAACAUUUAAUCUGUUUUCACUCUUUAACUGAAUAAAUCUGUUGAAACAGAA